ACCACUCACCUCAAAGACGGCACCGCUUUGUUUGUUACUUGGACAAAGGACGCUCCACGUCCAUUGACGUUGUUUCACAGGCCAAUGCUUAUUGCACUCCUCAGGGCAACGGAGUUGUAGUAUCUAAAAUGGGUGUCUUUGACCUUACAUUAUCUUUCCGAUUAAGGAAGCUCCAGCCAGUCCUGGUAUGUUGCGCUGUCAUUACGAACGCACUAUGUGCUGGAGGGGUGUACAGCUUCCCUCUGAUUUCCCCAGCCCUUGUCGCACACAUGAAACUCACUCAGCCACAACUGACCACCAUCGCGCUUGCAGGAAUGGUUGGCCAAUAUCCAUUUGCGCCUUUCGUCGGGAAGUUGCUCGAUCGCUAUGGACCCCGGAUGUGCUCCUUUUUGGCCGCCAUACUGUUCUCUCUAGGAUUCGGACUGUUCUCUUGGGAGAUUGCCAGUACGCCGGAUGAGAUCAGUCGGGCUUCGUCCGCAUCGUUUCGGAGACUAGUAGCAUACUUCGCCAUGGCCGGCCUUGCAACGGUGCUUUCCUACUUCUCGAUCGUUUUCUCAGCGACAAAGGCUCUCCCUAAUUACAUGGGCGUAGCAUCCGGGACAAGCAUGGCUCUAUUUGGUUUCUCGCCUUUGGUACUCUCUGUUGUAGCGAACCGUUUCUUCACUCAUCAAGAUACUGGCCUAGACGUGACACAUUUCCUAGCACUUAUUGCCUUUUUAGCCGGUUCCACGCACUUGUUAGGAGCUCUCUGCAUGCAAGGGCCUGAGCCGAAGGCUCUUGUGGACACCCCAACCAUCGCUAUGGAGGAUGAAGAGAAUACACCCUCGACAUCGACACCUUCCGAGCCUCUUGACAAUGAAUCCGACAACGAGGCACAACCCUUGCUCUAUUCAAAUAAACUGAAACAUGCUACUGUUCACGCUGAGGUUGAUGUGAUCGCUGUGCCCGAACCUGAACAUGGGACAGUAGGUGACCUCUUGAAAGACACAUACUUUUGGCUGCUAAUAGCCAUCCUCGUCGUCCUGAUCGGUAUCGCGGAAAUGGUCAUGGCUAACCUUGGAUCCAUCUAUCUCUCACUGCCGUCGUCUUCCGGACGAUCCCCGGAUGUGUCGACUGCUGUGCAACUUCUGUCUGCGUCCAAUACCCUGACUCGUCUUUCUGUUGGUUCCCUCGCCGAUGCGGUAUCCCCUGUUGCAUCCUAUGUGCACAGCGGUAUCUGGUCGUUCCCAAGAAAGCAACAUUUCAGCAGAAUCGCCUUCUUGUUUGGUGCAUGUGUACUCUUGGCUGCAACAUGCGCGUGGCUUGAAAUAGGUAUUAGAACUCGAGAAGCCAUUUGGUCCCUGAGCAUUGGUAUAGGGAUUGUCUACGGAACAACUUUCACAAUACUGCCUAGCAUUCUGUCUUCAAUAUGGGGUUUGCCAAACUUGGGUCGCAACUUCGGUAUCAUUUCAUACGCGCCAUUCGUCGGCACGACCCUGUUCUCCUAUCUUUACGCAUUCGUGGCGGCUGCUUUUACAUCCCCUUCUGAAGACACUUGCAGCGGCGUGAUUUGUUGGCGACUGACCUUUUGGUUGAGUACCAUGUUAGCAGUGGCUGCUGCUGGCGGCUCACUGAUCCUAUGGCGGAAAUGGAGCGGUCGGGUAUGAUGCUCAGCGUAUCUUCCAUGGUUUGCUUUGAUCUGGCUUGCAGCGUUAAUUAUAUGUAGACGAUCUUGGUUCACGAAUGUACAAUACAUAUAUCUCUCCUGCUUGAGAUGCUCCGAUCUUCCUGCUACGAUCACAAUGACAUCUCGUCCGCCCGGGAGUAAGCUCUUCUGACUACUAAGGUCAUACCGUGAUGUC